AUGCUGGUUUGCAUGAGCACUGGACUUUGUCGGCAGACGGCCGAUGCCGCCAUUGUUUGCUUUGCGCCUGGGACGCACGCGGGCACCAAUUCAAGUUCGUUGGAUGUUCAAAGCAGCGGGUGUUGGCACUCCAACACACACGCAAAAUGUAGUUGUGUGCAUCUCGCACCACCCUCCGCCUGUGACAUGCACCUGGCUUCCUGCAGCAAUGCAGUCACAGAAACGAUGCAACCAAAGUGGAAUUGGAAGAAAGAUUGGUUUGCAGAUAGCUGCGUGAUGGCUGGUUGCAAUUCUGUGCUGCGGCGGUGA